AUGCCGCCUCGGCACUUUACCAGGUACAUCUUUGUUGUUGCGGUCUUUCUUCUCGGCGUCGUCAUCUUUUCCACCACCUCCAACGCACCCUCUAACCCAAUCACCAACCCUACCGCAUACACGGGUGCCUUACGAGAGUCGAUACCAAAGUUUGACAUCCCGAGUUUUCGGUUCUCCUUCCAGAGCUCGGCGCACAAACCGCCGCAGCAGAAGAACAGCACCCAUGGCGACAGUUCGUGGUACAGUGACUGGAAAUGGAUGAACCCAUUCUCCUCCUCUGUAACCCUCGACGAAGAGCGUGUCGUCCUCCCACCUCUCGCCGAGCAGCCUCCCGUCUACACGUACUAUGAUACGACAGUCAAGCGAGAUGAAGAGACAAAAAGUGUGGACAAGGAAUUGCUCUUGACAUGGCGACGUGCAUGGUGGGCUCACGGUUUCCGUCCUGUUGUUUUGACAGAGGCAGAAGCGAUGAGCCAUCCGCUUUACCAGACUCUCCAAGCAAAAGGAAUGCCUGCGGCAUUAGAGGCGGAUUUCAGACAGUGGCUGGCGUGGGCACAUAUGGGGACGGGCCUGCUCUCCAGCCCAUACUGUCUGCCAAUGGGCGCAUACGAUGACUUGCUCCUGGCACAUCUGCGACGCGGUCAGUAUCCGCAGCUGAUCAAAUUCGAAGGUCUGGGAUCAGGUCUGUUUGCUGGAGAGGCCAGUCAAAUCAACGAUGCCGUCAGAUCAGCACUGGACAAUGUCAAGUUAAGCGCUUUCAAAACCAUUACCGACGCUAUCAGUGCAGAACGCUUCAAAGUUGAACAGCCCAGCUCCAUUGCACACUACGAUUCGCAGGUGAUUACCUCCAAAUAUCCGGUGUUGGCAGAAUUGAUCGUCAAAGAUCCGCACAAAGGUCGACUUGCCCUGAACCAAUUGAUGAUAGCACAUCUGCACACAAUCUGGCAAAACAGCUUUAGCUCAGGAAUCACUGUCUUGCAGCCGCUUCCUGCUCAUACGUUCACCCUGGUCAAACCUGCAAAAGACCUUGCCCGCCUGCUCGCCGAAUGCCCCAGCUCAAUUUUACAGUCAUCUUGUCCACCGAACCGGCCUAAGUGCAGUCCCUGUGUUGGUUCAAAGAUGCCCAUUAACACCGCCCGUUCAUUCCGGAACGCGUCUUCCUUGUUCACAAUCUCGGUGGUCCCGCAUCCUUAUACUAUGAUCACCCUCGCCAACCGCUCCGACACAAUCACCGUCGCCCACAUACGACGUCACACCGACCGAGAUCCCUGGAUUACUGCCGUUACGCGCGAUCUUCUGGGAGAUGCUCGAGGGGGCGCGAGCCGUGUAGUGGCGUUGAAAGACGCGGUCGCCUCCGAAUAUGGCAGCAGUCGAUCCCUGUGGUUUACAACCGAACACUUUCCAGCUUCGUUCUGGCCCGACCCACCUCCACCAAAGUCUCCUACCAAUGACGCGCAUCCAGUCGAGGAAAAGGUCUCACCUUUCCCCGAAGACUGGCUGGAGAACCUUGAUUGGCACUUUGGGUUUCCUGUUCCUAGGACGGCAGUCUCUCACGGUGAGUCUCUUCCUCCAAUCCCUGGGCCUGAGCGGUGGGCCAAAUCUCCUGCUGGUCUCCCUGCCGAGCGGAAGAAGAGCUCGGACCCUGACCCGCCUACAGAGGAGCAGGCGGCAGUAGAGGUUGAGCUUUUGCGAAAGGCGAGGGAAGCCAUCGACAGCAAGGAUCCCGCCUUCGCGAGGAUUCGGAGUGUGGCUGAGGCAUGGAAUCUGGCAGACACCGAGGCUUGGAAAUUCGUCAAGAGCUUCCGUGCCCGGCAGGUGGUGGAAAGGCUCAAGUUUGAGGAAGAAGAAUCCGGAUAUGAGAGUGGAGGAGUGGUGAGAGGAAAGUCCCGUUGGUGGGGUUAA